ACCGUCAGUCUGACGCUGCUCUACCGUCAGUCUGACGUUGCUUACCGUCAGUGAUGUCUGACGUCCCCGUCAGGCGUCCUGACGUGCCAAUGACCGGCGGGAGACCUCCCAGGAGGAUGGAGAUCCUGCUGGAGCGGCAGCUGGAGGUGGAGCGACGCCUGACCAAACUAGAGGAGCGGCGUCGGGAGCUCCAGAAGAGGGUCGAUCAGGAGACGCUCACCCCCGAGCAGCGGCUGGAUCAGGUGCGGCGCAGGAACGCUGGGAUAAGGAAGAGAGCUGAAGACAUGGAGUCCAGAGCUCGACUGGCCAGCAUGAACCCGAUAUUUUUCCAGUUGGACGAUAUGAAACGCGACUUCUUGGCCUGGGCUUAUAUCCGGACGGAGCGGCACAAGGAGAGGGGCCGUAAAACGUAGGAAGUCGUCCAGUGAUGUAUACUUUCGGCAUAAAGUGGAU